AUGCACCGUAAGAAGAGCGAGAAUGUCGAACGUGCUCCUAAAACGAUCGAGAGUUGGAUGCCUAUCAAAGAACUAGCAUUGGCACGAGCAUGGCUCGACGUGUCAGAGGAUCUGAUUAUUUCCACCGACCAAGAUAUAGCCGUCUUUUGGAGGCAUAUACGUGAGAAGUUUUUCAACACAAUGGCUCGUGGUGAAUCUCGAACGCUCGAUUCGUUUUCGGGCAAGUGGACUGUAAUGCGUACCAAGAUUAGCAACUUCAACAACAUAUACAAUAGUCACGCCAACAAUCACACAAGAAGAAGCGGUUCAAACGACUUGGACAUCAUGACCGCCGCCCACAACGAAUAUAGAUUGUAUCACGGGCAUCCGUUUACGAUGAUACCUUCUUGGGAGCUUCUUCGCAAAUCUCUAAAGUGUGAUCUUGUACUACCGUUUGACCGAACGGCCCAUAGUUCAAAACGGUCCAAAUCAACAACGACUAGCGAAUCAUCCGAGUCCGAUGCUCGUACUACUAUUAACUUAAACGACGAGUUGGAUGGAUUGAAUUUUGAGGAACCCUAA